AUGCGUGAACUCGAAGGCUUUAUUCCGUGCCAACGAGCCGCGUUUUGGGUCUGGAAAAUCAUCGGCAUAUGGGCAACAGAAGACGAGAGUCCCUAUUACAGGGCGUACCGUCGGAUAUACCAUUUCUUCUUCACUGGAGUUUAUCUGUUUGCGAUGUUCUGCAGUUCAUUUUUUAUGGAUAAUUUGGAUACGCUUUGGACGGAGAUACUGUUUUUGCUGCCGACGGAAAUAGCCAUGUUGGUCAAAUCCGUAACCGUUGCGAACAAAUUUGAAGCCAUUUACGGUCUGAAUCGGACUACUGUCUCGAAAGAGUUUAAGACAAUGUGUCCGAAGCAAAGAAAGGAAUAUGAGCGGUAUUUCGGUCGAUUCAGCAAAAUAAUGAUGUUCUACUACUUCUGCAGUGUUCUAACGGUUUUGGCUUCUUUGGGAUUUAUAUUCGAUGGACGACUUAAGUUGCCAUUCUUCAAUUGGUUUUUCUGGGUCCCAAUAGAUAGGGAUCAUAUAAACAAUUACUAUAUUUUGGCUGUGUAUCAGAUAGUUGGUAUGACGGCACACUGUCUUUUGAACGUAUCGGGUGACGUGAACAUCGCCUAUUUGCUAUCGACAGCUGGUAAACAAUUGGAUCUGCUAAGUUACAAUCUUGCUCAACUGCCAGUGUACCCAACGAGGAGUGAUAUUGAAAAGGAGCUUUAUAAAAAAAAGUUUGAGGAGCACAUUCAACAAUAUAAUCGAAUCUAUGAUUUUGCACGAGAAACCGAAAAACAAGUUUCAUGGAGCGUUUUUGCGCAAAUCUGUGCCAGUGGUGUAACAAUAUGUGCUGUGAUAUUUCGAUUAUCAGCGACUAGCGCACUCGACAACGUGAGCUCCACGUUUUACAUGUACUUCUAUCUGAUAUCGAUGUUGACGCAGAUUUUCUUACCGUGUUACUCCGGAAACGAUGUUACGCUCAAGAGUCAGAAGUUGACCAACGCCUUGUACACCUCAGAUUGGUACCGAUUGGCCCUCAAUGACCGAAAGGAUCUGAAAAUGAUGAUGCUUCGCACCAAUAAGCCAAUUCGAUUGAAGGCGGGCAAUUUCUUCAACUUCAACCUAGAUGACUUCACAUCGACCCUAAAUAGAUCAUACUCGUUAUACGCGGUCAUUAAUCGACAAAAAUAAGAAAGAAGCGAUUUUUCCGAUGCAACUAUUGGGCAGCUAUUAGGUCCUAAAACACUCAACAAUGUUGUACUUGAACGAUUGGUUUGCAAAGAGUAGCAAAGAAAUUAAUUACAUCUUGCUAUAGACGGGAGCUCAUGUCACCCCAGAAAAUCGGAAUUGUUUUUUUUUGUUAUUAUUUUAUUACAAUAUAAGAUAGUUAUAAACUGAAUAGUUUCAUAAGAUGCCUUCCUACGGUCCCCUCUACUCUAGCUUAAGAUUUGUUUCUAUAUAAGUUGCCCCAAAAAUGCUUUAAUUCUGUAUUCAGUUAAAUUUUUUAUCCCAAAAUCAUUCCACAAGUGAAGUCAAAGCGAAACGCAUACGUACCGCUCGGUAUAUGAACAUAUGUGGAGCGUGUACGAUACGAUAUGUGGGAUAUAGAUUUGAUUGAAUCUAAUUCGUUCCCCAAUUUGUGAUAGAAAGCGAAAAUCGAAAGCGAUGGAAAAUCGCCUCCACCGUAUGGUUUGCCAUUUUUGUUCUUGUGCCGUAAUGGAACGAAACCAGGUCAGGUUUUUAUAUAGAGAUGUUUUGUUACUUCUGUAUCACAAAAAAUAUGCAAACUCAUACGAACUAGA